GUCUAGUGGGUCUGCGUUAAUGGCGACAGUGGUGUAAAUGGACCAUUAACAGUUUAUGGUUGAGUGAAUACUUAGUAAAAAGAAAAAGAGUCUUUACUGUUCUCUUCUUUUUGUCUGGACGUUUUUUUUAAAAAUUAAAAAAAAAGAAAAGGGAUGAGUUUUGUUGUCGGAAGUGGGAGUGGUGGUGGCGGAGGUGGAGACGGUGGUGGUGGUGGUAGUAGUAGCCAACGUCACGGUGACGGCUCUGAAACUGAUAAGAAGAAGAAACGUUACCAUCGUCAUACUGCUCAACAGAUUCAACGCCUUGAAUCGAGUUUUAGAGAGUGUCCUCAUCCAGAUGAUAAGCAGAGGAAUCUACUUAGCAAAGAGUUGGGUUUGGCUCCUAGACAGAUCAAGUUUUGGUUCCAGAACAGAAGAACUCAGCUUAAGGCACAACAUGAGAGAGCAGAUAACAGUGCGCUAAAAGCAGAGAACGAUAAGAUACGAUGCGAGAACAUAGCCAUAAGAGAAGCUCUCAAGCAUGCUAUAUGCCCAAACUGUGGAGGUCCUCCCGUUAGUGAAGAUCCUUACUUAGAUGAGCAAAAGCUUCGCAUGGAAAAUGCACAUCUCAGAGAAGAGCUUGAAAGAAUGUCAACCGUUGCAUCAAAGUACAUGGGAAGACCAAUCUCAUCUCAUCUCUCAACACUACAUCCAAUGCACAUCUCACCGUUGGAUCUGUCAAUGACUAGUUUAACUGGUCCUUCACUGGAUUUCGAUCUUCUUCCAGGAAGCUCUAUGUCACUGCCUUCUCAGUCUAGUAGUAACUUUGCUGUAUCUGACAUGGAUAAGCCUAUUAUGAACGACAUUGCUAUGAAUGCGAUGGAAGAGUUGCUCAGGCUUGUUCACACAAACGAACCUUUAUGGACUAGAGGAGAUGGUGGGAGAGACGUUCUCAAUCUUGGAAGCUAUGAGAAUGUUUUUCCAAGUUCAAGUAACCGAGGGAAGAACCAUCACCUUAGAAUUGAAGCGUCUAGGUCCUCUGGGAUUGUUUUCAUGAAUGCUAUGUCACUUGUCGACAUGUUUAUGGAUAGUGGCAAGUGGGCAGAGUUGUUUCCUUCAAUAGUUGCAGCUUCUAAAACACUUACAGUGGUUUCUUCAGGAAUGGGAGGUACCUAUGAGGGUGCAUUGCAUUUGAUGUAUGAAGAGAUGGAAGUUCUUUCUCCAUUAGUAGCAACACGUGAGUUCUGCGAGCUACGCUAUUGUCAGCAGAUAGAACAAGGAAGCUGGAUAGUUGUGAAUGUCUCAUAUCAUCUUCCUCAGUUUGUGUCUCAAUCUCACUCAUAUAGGUUUCCAUCUGGAUGCUUGAUUCAAGACAUGCCUAAUGGAUAUUCCAAGGUUACUUGGGUUGAGCAUACUGAAACCGAAGAAAAAGAACCAAUCCAUGAGCUAUACAGAGAGAUAGUUCACAAAGGGAUUGCUUUUGGAGCUGAACGGUGGGUUACUACUCUCCAGAGAAUGUGUGAAAGAUUUGCGUCUCUAUUGACACCAGCAGCUUCAUCCCUAGGUGGAGUGAUUCCAUCGCCUGAAGGGAAGAGAAGCAUGAUGAGACUUGCUCAUAGAAUGGUUAGCAACUACUGUAUAAGUGUCAGCAGAUCUAACAACACUCUCUCAACAGUUGUAGCCGAGCUGAACGAGGUUGGUGUUCGUGUGACUGCACAUAAGAGCCCUGAACCAAACGGCACUAUCCUCUGUGCAGCUACCACUUUCUGGCUCCCAAACUCUCCUCAAAACGUCUUCAACUUCCUCAAAGACGAAAGAACACGUCCUCAGUGGGAUGUUCUUUCAAAUGGAAACGCUGUGCAAGAAGUUGCUCACAUCGCAAAUGGAUCACAUCCUGGAUGUUGCAUAUCUGUUCUACGUGCAUCGAAUGCAUCACAGAGUAACAACAUGUUGAUUCUACAAGAAAGCUCAAUAGACUCAUCAGGGGCACUAGUAGUCUACAGUCCAGUGGAUUUAUCAGCACUGAACAUUGCAAUGAGCGGUGAUGAUACCUCAUACAUUCCCCUCUUAUCCUCAGGUUUCUCAAUCUCACCAGACGGAAACCACAACAGCUCAAGUGCUGAGCAAGGAGGAGGAGCCUCAACUAGCUCAGGACGGUCAUCAUCAAGCGGCUUUGGAGGAGGAGGAUCACUGAUAACGGUUGGAUUUCAGAUAAUGGUUAGCAACUUACCGUCGGCUAAGCUGAAUAUGGAGUCUGUGGAGACGGUUAAUAACCUGAUUGGAACCACAGUGCACCAAAUUAAAACGGGGUUGAACAACUGUCCUAGUGCUUCAACUACAGUUUGA